ACGUCUUGUAUUUAAUUGUGCUGCAGCCGCUCCGAGUGUUGGAUAGUAAGCUCUUCUGGUAUAUCGAAGGAGUGUUAUUUAAAUGGCUUUUAGCUAUGGUGGCAUCCUGGGGCUGGUGGGCAGGAUACACAGGCUGCAUCCGCAGGUCUUGUCCAUGUAAACAAGGAAAAAAAGGAAUGGCAACACACAGCUCUGGAGUCUGGUCAGACUCCCGAUUAGUCAGAAUGUCAGUAUUGACCCAGACGGAGCGCUCUUUUUGUUAGGCUACAAGAGCUGAAGCCUCUGUGAUAAUAUGCCUUUUGGUACCCUGUCAUGUGCCUUUCCGAGAUGCACAAAGUUUCUGUGGAUACUCUAGUAGUGGAAUGGGGUGAUGAUGUUAAAGCAGUAUCGGAAGAUGAAGCCAUGGUGCUGGUGAACCAUCAAGCAACAGGGGAUGUCUGCACUCUGAUGAUGUGCCUUCAGGAUAAAGGCACGGUUGUCCGUCAGAUGAUGUGGCUGAUGGAUCAUAUUUUUAAGUAUACAAACUUUGGCAUUGUGUCUCUAAUCCAUGGAGACUUCUUUAUAAGACAGGGAAAAGCACACCGUGACCAGCAGCUUGUGUUACUCCAGGAGCAUCUAGAAAAAUAUUACAGGAGCCGUAAUCGGAAAUGGAUUGUUUUAUUUCCAGAGGGUGGCUUUCUUAGGAAAAGGAGGGAAACAAGCCAGGCAUUUGCCAAGAAAAACAAUUUGCCAUUUCUUAAACAUGUCACCCUGCCAAGACUUGGGGCAACGCAAGUAAUCCUGAAAACGCUUGUUGCUCCGCAAGAAAACGGAACUCCUGCAGGUGGAGACGCUGUGAUAAAAGAGAGCAAAUCAAAAGGCCUCCAGUGGGUGAUAGAUACAACCAUUGCAUAUCCCAAAGGUGAACCUAUAGACAUCCAAACCUGGAUUCUUGGCUACCGGCAACCAACAGUUACACAUGUACAUUACAGGAUUUUUCCAAUUAAAGAUGUACCUGCAGAGCCUGAAGCUCUUACACACUGGCUAUAUCAACGAUUCAUUGAAAAGGAGGAUCUCCUGACACAUUUCUAUGAAACAGGAGCUUUCCCUCCACUGCAGGGUCAAACAAAAGCUGUUUCUCGGGCGAUGACCCUCAGUAAUCUGUGGCUAGUUGGCAUACAAUCACUUGCAUUUUUGUCAGGCGGUAUGUGGUACUGCAUCUUACAGUAUUUUUAUCAUUGCCUAUUUUAAAAGUCGAAUGGGACCUGAGGACACAGUGGGAAUCCAGGCUCUUGCAAAUGAAUAUCAUAUUGUAUGUGCAAAUGUGAAUAUACAAGAGUAAAGGAAAAUACUGGAUGGACUCUUACCUCUCUCUGGGGAAAUUUUAAACUCCACUGAAAGUGAAGAUCAGUAACAUAGUGACCUGAUGAUGUAUUAUUUUAAGAAUUGUCUGUAUUUUUAAAAAGUGUAUACUCUCACCCACACUUAAGCAAAUUCAGCAUUUGGACAAAAGGUGCAAUCGUACAACCACCGUAGAAGAAUGUCUGCGACAAGAAAACUGUCACCGCAAGUAUUUCUUGGCAUUGUAGUUAGAGCUCAGAAAAUUCAGCAACUUGUCUCUUCAGUAGUCUGUACAGCAUUGGUGUGGUAGAGAUUCCUCAUUUGCACAAACUUGUACUUUAUUGCAGCUCAUUGUGCUGGAGUCUGAGAUACUCUGCGGAGCUGAUGGCGGUAACUUUGAGGCUACCCAGUCAGCAGCUGUUGUAUUAGACACGUUGAUCUAAAACCAGGACCCAAGUAAGGUUUCAGCAUCAGGUGUGCUUUGUGAGGAAUCAGUCCUCAAAAAAAGCAUUGCAGCAUCAUAGUGUGAUUAAAAGUUACCCACAUGUGAUGAAUCAGCCCAUCCCUGCUGUGGUUUUACCAUCAGCUGUCCGAAUUCUGUGUGCUACCGGUAUCUCAUAUUAGGAGGAAACUUGGAGAAUAUUAAAGUCACUUGGUCUGUUUCCCCGUUGUGUUCAGAAUGCAUCCCAUUGAUCAUUAUCACUUUUCAAAAUGCACUUUUAAAGGUGAAAAUACAGUGAAGGAAAGACAUACAUCUUAGGGAGUAGGGGAAAGCUUUAUCUGUCAUGCAUUGGAAGCCAGAGCAAUUCUAGCUGUUUCUGAAGGUCUGCUGGUGCUGCUGGUGAUUUUUAGCCACCUUUGUAUUUUGUAUACUGCGGUCCCACCAAGGUGACCUUUGAGUGGUUUCUAGAGGCCUUUUUCUCCCUGCUAGUUGCAACAGUGCUAAAUAUACUUGUGGGAGAGUUUAAAUAAUUCAAUGCCAACCAUCUUAAUGUUUUGCUAAGGAAUAAUAGAAGGAAAACUAGUUUCUUAAAAAGAAAAAAAAAUAGGUAUAAUAGCUGUCAUAAAUCCAUAAGAAGAUACUACUGCAAAAACAAAAGGUACGCGAAAUAUUCUGAGUAACUACAUGGAGGGCAGUACUAAUUAGCUCACCAGCGUGCUAGAAAUCACAGUGGAAGAAUGAGUUGAAUUUAAAGGCAAACUGGAACAGAAGUUCCAGUCCUGUUUUCAGAUGUGUAAUACAGGAUACUUCCGAAAAGGUGUCUAUGAUGUACGGGCUUACUUCUGGCAGGUCUAGUUGGCAUUGUGUUUAUGUGAUUAUACACAGAUUUGAAAGAGCUGUUCCUAAAAUAAAAUUAAUCUCUCUAAAUACUAGCAGGAUAGCCAGAACUUCAUACUCUAAUUUUACUGAGAACAUAGUAAGCCCUCAGUAGUUUUGGCUCUGAAUUAGCAAUAUUGAUUCCCCCCCCUUCUCUCUCUCUCUCUCUCUUUCUCUCUCCUGCUACAGGAAUCAGUAGGUGGUGUGCUGAAUUUAAAUAAAUAAAUAAAUAAUAAAAUUUAAAGUGUUUCCUCUGGGGGUCAGGAAGAGGGGAGUGAAGAGCGUACUAAAAUGAGGCAAUGCUGAUUCUCCUGGUUUAAUUGAAAGAUUGUCAAAUCUUGUCAAAUAUGCCACCUGUAUCUCUCCCCAAAAGCAGUAGUUUUAUCCUAGUUGCAAAAAACUAGGAUGGUUGCAAAAUGCUAGACUAUAGUAAGUUUCCCUGAACCGAGAGUCCCCUCAUGGACUUAAAAGUACCUCUAGCUGAAAGACAAAGGACAGUGUUUGCCUACAGCUUAAUAUUUUAUUUUAUUUAAGGUGUCUCUAAAUCCCACCUAUUUACACCCAGUCACACACCUGAAUUCUAGUGUAACAUAAAAUCCACUUAAAAAGAGUUAAGCCCUGAAGAGGGAGGCAGUCUUGGGAGUAUACUUUUUUUUCCUGUUGCUCUUGCUAAAGUACAGCUGGCAAAAUGAAUGUAUUUAAUCUGCCGUUUUACAGGCAGGUGCUGAGGCAGCCGGUGCCAUUACUGUGUAAGUGGUUAUGUCUGCAGCACGUGGGCAUAAGUAGACUCUCAAAACUGCAAAAUGCAGAUGGUGAGCUAAUUAUUUCUGUCCUCCACCAGGUGGUUUGAUCAGAACCACAGAGAUGCCCAUGAUACAGCUGGGUUUAUUUUUGAGCUAGGACAGACUAGAGUGAUAUAAAAAGGGAAGUUUAUAUAAGCAGAUUGCACAGCAGUAACUUGCAUCAGGAGGUUCUUUAUAGACCCAGUAAACUCCAUGUAAGAUCAUACUGUUUUUUCAAAUGCAGUUUUUUUUGUUUUUUUUUUUUUUUUUCUUCCAGUGGAUUACAGUCAAUAGUGAGCGUUCACAUGCUGCCUGAAGAAAUUAGUAAUGCGCAAUAAUGUUUCAGAUAAUCCUUUGAUUUAUCUGGUCCUGUGCAUUUUCAGUUAGUUCCUUUAUACUUCUUACUAUUGCAAGACAUUUGUUUGCAAGCACUGAUUGUUUUUUUGAUAGGGUGAGUACAUAGUGUUAGGUCCUAGGCUUCUUUUCCUGCCUGCACUGGAAAAUGUGAAGAGAGCCUGAUGUUGUCUCUCUCUGCGGCUGAGUCACUGUAGAUGACAGUGAAAUGAAACUGUUGUUAACAAAACCCAAAGCACCCUCCCAGCACGAAUUUGGAUGCUAUUUUGUUACAGAGAAGUUGUUCUAUUAAGGGAAAAACAUAAAAUGUAUACAAUAUCUGAGAGAUUCUGUGCUAAAAAUACCAUGCUGGUGAAGACUGGAGCUUAGCAGGCUGGUUUGUAGAACAUAAAUUCCUGUUGGUUGCAGUUCGGUUCUGCCUGCUGGGAGUUGGCUGGUGGUGGAGUUGUAGUGAGCAUUUUGCUGCAGCAUCCGUGGGUUUCCUCUUCUGAAGAGCUCACGAUGCAUUUUAUAAAAGUAAUGUUACUGAACCGUACAGUUGAUCACAAAAUGGUUAAUUACUGUAUCUUUGAAUUUGUAUUAGGAGAAAUAUUAUGGAAGAAUGUAUAAAGUGACAGGAUGAGAAAGGUAAAGAGAAAUAAUUGUUGCGCGCACAAGCGAGAAGAUAGUUAAGUUUAUUGUGAAUAAAGACGUUUCUCUGCUGGGGUUGCACACAACAUUUGUAAGUUUCUAUGUUUAAUUUUUCAUAAACAGGUUAGAAGUGAAACAAUGCAAGUCCUAAUAGUUUAGCUCUUUGAAUCCCAUUAUAUGAAGAAUAUCUGCCCCUUCAAAAAGAGCAGUGUUUUUAUUUCAGUGCCCUUUGAGUGUACCUUCCUUACAGAUUCUCUUGUAUUUUAUGUAUGGUUCUAGCAAGUAUUUCAACAAUGUUUCUUGUAGGAGGGACUUUUUUUUUAAGUUGCUCUCAUCAGAUUUUGAGAAGAAAGAUUGCAAUUUACCGUGCUCACCAGAAAACUAAAAGCUUCCUUCUCCCUCUUACAUGCUCAGCAUCAAAAAUAAGAUGCAUCUUACUGCAUUAAAAAUCCAACAACCACUGUGGUACUGUUCAUUAUUCAGUUGUUUUGCAAAUGAUGUAAUUGUUGUUUUUUUCCUGUCUGACAUUGCCAUAAAGUGCUGUUAACUUUUUCACUUGUUUGUACAAGUUAAUACAGAUAUACCGAUCACUGUGUGUGACAGGAUUCAACUGCUCCACUUUGCCUUGUCAUAAAAUGUUGGGACCAAAGGUACUUAAAACUGGGAUUUCCAAAUCAUGAGUCUGGGAAUGGGUGCGUUCUGUGAUAGUCAGCUGGAGGUUCGGUUGUUGAUCUGAUACAAUCACACGAAGUAAUUAUACAUCUGGGGUAGUGUAUUGUUUGGAAAUAAUGGAGCCAUAUGAAAUAAAGGGUUAUUUUGCAAAAUUGCAUAUAUGAUAGCUUUUACACUUUUUUUUUUAAAGAAAAGACAAUUGGAAGAGCAAAAUUGAAACCAUACUCUGAUUUUAAAAGUCUGCAUACAUUAUGAACAGUUCUGAGCAACUUUAUUUUUUCUGUGUAAAAACUGUAGACUACUUGGCUGUGAUACAAACCAAGUCUUUAAAAGAAUUCUAUACAUUUUAAAGCUAAAUCUUUUAUCAUUGGAUAAUGAAGUAAUCAUACACUGAGCAACUGUCCUGUUAAAGUUAGUUCAUUUAAAGUUACUCUGCAAUAGUGUUUGUUUUGUAUGAUAACAAUUAGUUUUCUUGAUACCAUUUAUUUUAGCCUCCAAUUUUCUCCUUCCCUCCUGUGUUACUUGCAUUUUGUUCUGUAUGAUAAAAUGGAUGCAGAAGCCUCUAGUGAGUCUCUGUGAUUUUGCAAAGGGAUGGUUGUGUUUGGAUUUAUUUUACUGAAUUUAUUUCAUUGCAUUUUUUACCAAGUCUUUCCAGCAGCCAAGAUGUCUUUCACAAAUGUAGACAGAUACCAGAAGAAGCAUUUCUCCACAGAGAUUAUUAGGUGUUUUUUCCCAUUUUUUGUGUGUGGCAAAAUAAAGUUGAUUUUUUUUCAAGAUUAUUUCAUGUGCUUCUAAUCCUUAAUAGCGGAGAUGAUUUUGUUUGAGGGUUGUAUUUAUUGUGGUUGUAUCUAAUAGAUGCACAGUCUCCAUUGUGCUUGCCAUGAACACUACAAAUAGUAGGAUAACACUUUAGUUCACCAUACAGCGUGAGUGUUAAUUUAAGUGAUAAUGUUGCUUGUAGAGCUCUCAGGAAGGAUACAGAGAAAUCCUUCUGUGCCAGAAGUGGUUUAAGGGGAGGAGUGGAGCAGUGUAGGGCAGAAGCAGCUUCUGCGGUCCUUGCCUGCUCAAGCACCUGCUGGAAACUUCUCCGGCACCAAGAGCGCAGAGUUUCUGUGCAGGGCACUGCGUGGCAAUGAUUCCCCUUGAAGUCUGUGAGAGUUCAGGCAGCACCAACAGCAGGACAUGGGCCCCCAUCAUCCCUGGACUGCUGCCAUCCAAGAAAGAAACGAAUCCAACCUUUUUGUGAGCAAGGCUGUAAUUGUUUUGUAGAUGCAUCUAUUUUUUUAACAGAGCAGUCUGCUUUUGAACAAGUUCAGCUAGGCAAAGCAAUAUAGAGCGGGACAGCACCCUUCAUUCUGUGGCCUGGGACAGCUUGCUAAGGAUAGCUCUCAGAGUACCAAGAAAAGGAACUCCUUGGAGCACAGUAAGGCAUCUUGCGAAACUGCGCAGUGGUUGUAGUUAUGUCUACCUCUUUGUUUCCCUUCUGGGUUUCGUCCUGUUUUCCUGUGUGGUGUUUUUUGUGAGGGGUGGGGGGAAUCGGGGAGGGAAAAUUUGAAAUCUAAAUAUAAGGCACUGGUGGGAGAUCCACUGCUUACCAGCUGUGUUGUCAUAUUGAAAAAGCCAUUGUUUUUAAUUCCUGCCUAGUAUGAAAUGUUUUAAAAAUCUUUCCUGCUGGAAAGAAAAAUGUAUUUUUAAAAAACAGAAAAAAACCUUCUUUUGGCUAUGAGAAUGUCAGCUGUAUGAGUUGUGACCAUAUCAUGACAUGCUGAUCAGAUAUAAAUAAAUUUUUAUCUCUCA